AUGCGAAAGGAAUUGUCAAGUUCAGCAUCCUCUGACCUUGUGAUGGAGGCGGCCUGCAAGUGCCACGAACCGAGUCACCACCAAGUUCGUGGCCUCGAAAGCUCCUUUAUUACUGUACCAUCGCAAGCAUUAUUCCGUUUAUUGUCGAAGAAAGAGCUAGGCAACGAACGACGACAAACGACGAUAAACGUGAAGUCUCGCUGUUACACCUUCAGCAUCUUGUACGGACAGGGAGUUCGGUACGCGCAUAGUGACGUACGCCAGAGACUUUCUGUUUCUGAACGAGCGUUUCUAACUUUCAGUAACGUAACUGAUAAUAGAUUGUUUUUAGAAGUGACUCAGCUGCAUGCUAAAACGUUGCGAGCGUGUUCAGAGCAUGGGAUAUCUCACAGGGGCAGGGUGUCGAAGCUCGCGGAAUCCGAUGCCCCAGUGGCGCCUGUGGAGGGGGCCGCCACCCUGGGCGAUCCCGAUACACACGCAGUCAGCUACGAAGACGCUUUGGUCGAAUUCCGUGAAACGGGCGACUACAAGCGUCUUUGGAGAGAUAUUCGUGCGCUGCGAGAGGCGCAAACUCCGAUUGAGAACGGCCAGCUGAAUACCCUAAUGAUGGCAUGCAUUAGGCGGAAGAAGCCGGAUGUUGCAAUUCGCAUUUUCCAUGAACUGGAGCCUUUGGUUUUGGGCUCUCCGAAUAUCGAAUGCUACACGACGCUGAUUGUGGCAUACGGUCGCCUUCGUCAGGCCGACAAGGCUGUCGAAAUACUCAACGAGCUGCAAGCUCGGUGCCGAACAUUAAACAACGAGGAGCAGAGCGACAACCUGGCAUUGUGCCCGUCGCUACGCACCUAUAAUGCGGUAAUGAAUGCAUGCGUGGCCGCUGGGGACGUUGACAAAGCUCAUCAAGUGUUCGGGGAGAUGGUUGAUGCUCAGGGCAUUGCACCGAAUGAAGUCAGCUAUAACAUCCUCCUCAAGUCUCAUGCGAGGCGCGGUCGCGUGGAGGCAAUGCAGCUGGUACUUGACCAGAUGCGUGCAGCGGGCUGCGCGCCGUCGCUUGUGACCUAUACCACUUUAGUCAAAGGCUACGUGACCGCUAACAAGCUCGAAAAAGCAGAGGAAGUUUUGAACGAUAUAUUGUACAAGAAACGCCUGGAGCCGGACAGUCACCUCUUCAACUGUCUUCUCGAAGGCUAUGUGCGAGCAAAUGAUUGGAAAAAGGCGCUUAAGCUCGCGGAUACAAUGCGACAGCAUGGUACCAUGCCGGAUGGCUACACCAAUACGCAGCUUGUGAAGGUUUGCAUACAAGCCGGCCGCUUUGAUCUGGCAGAGAAAAUCGUAGAACGCAUGCCACGGCCGUUGCCUUUGCAAAUCUAUUCGAUGAUGAUCAGCGGUUACGGUGAUAGUGGUCGCCUCUGGAGUGCCCUGCGCCUCGCGAAGGAAAUGCGUAAUGAUGGGGUUCAUGAGAACGUUCGAACCGUUUCAGCGCAGAUGAGCGCUUGUCUGCAGGCACGAGAGCCGGCGCUUGCGCUCAGCGUCUUUCUUCGAGUGAUGCGCGAGGAUCCGUCUUUUGUGCCCGAUCAGGUCAUAUACACGCUGCUUAUUCGAGCGAAUGGUCUGCGAGCAGAUGUUGACAGCGCUUAUCAGAUUUUUUCACUGGUGAAGACCAAGUAUUACACUGUUCGAACCGAGGUCUAUAACGCGCUCAUAGAAGCAGCGAUGCUUAGUGGUCGAGACGAUCUCGCGCUAUCGGCACUCGAUGAACUUAUCGAGAAGAGUCCAGGCGUGAACGAGCAGACUUUUCAAGAUUUGACUUGUGUCUGUCUCGUCGACCAGCAAAAGCAGUUUCGAUUCCUGUCUCAAGUAUGGAAUCGUUUGCGGCCUCUAGGGGCACCAAUAGAUGGCCGCUUCUACGCUCGCUUUCUAGAGGUUACGAGUCAUGUGGGCGACCUGGAGCUGGCACGAACCCUAAUCCGUGAUCGUUGGGCCGGCCACUUUUUAAUUAAUGGUGCAACAGCACAAGAAGUGCGUUCUCUGGAAGCAUAUGUAGCCGGACGGGAGGCUGCUUGA